AUGACUUUACAAAUUCCCAUCUGGAAGGAUGGUUCACAAGCAAUGUCUGGAGCAUUAGUAGAUGCUUGUUUCAUUGAUCUGCAGAGCAUAGAAUUAAUUCGCUCAGCUUAUAUAAAAUUUUAUUAUUUAGUGGAGAAGGAUGCUCUCGUGCUUCUGCACAACGAAAAAAACACUGGGAGGGCAAGCCCAAAGGAAAAGGCAAUGUUUGGCCGCAAAUGUGAUGGUAUCGCAAGGAAGGUAGGGUCUUUAGAUGAGUAUGCUAUCAGUGAGGAGGGUAGAAUCUGGAAUGGAGAAAAUGGAACCAAAUAUUUAUCAGAUGGAGGACUCAAAAUGCCUAAGAUAAUGAAGGAUAUGUUACAUCAAAAAAUAAAUAAGCAUGGAUUAAGCUUCGUCAAAACUCACCAACUUGAGAUAAUUGGAUUUCUACAUUCAGCACAAUAUCUCCAGUUACUCGUAAUGGACAUACCAUCUUGGUAUGUUUGCCGAAUUCAACGGAAACCAUUAUGUGAAGUUCCAAAGACACUUGUUAAUGUUGAUGAAUUAAUUACUAUAAUUCAUGAAGUUCUUGUAGCAAAGUUUCAUAUUAUUCGAUGCCUAAAAAAACUUAACGAUUAUAAUAUCAAUAACGAGAUUCUAAAGGCACGAUUAAGAAAAAGAAAGAAACUUAAUGACGAUUAUGAAUUCCCGAAAAGUCAUGAUACUCCAACAAAAAAAGGUUUAAAGACAGAUCGAUUUAAACAGUGA